UGUAGGUCUGGCUUCUUUCUUUUGAGGAUAAUGCCAAUGUCAUGGGUACCUUAGGUUCGUUGAUCGGUAAGCAUUGCCGUACAUUAUUCUGGUACCGGCACACAGAGAAGUUGAGUGGUUCCUUGGGGCUAUUCCGAAACAACAGAAUCAUGGCAGACGGAGAUUUACACGGACUUACUGAUGAAGAGGCAGCAACCGCAUGCAGUGAGCCUGAUCCAUCUACCAAAGACUUUAUCUUCCAACAAACCAUGUACCGCAUCAAAGACGCCAAAAAAUCUUUGGAUUUCUACACCAGAAUUCUGGGGAUGAGACUUCUGAAGAAGUGUGAUUUUCCUGCCAUGAAAUUCACAAUCUACUUCAUGGGCUUUGAAUCGAAGGAAGACAUCCCAACUGACGAGAAGGAGAGGGGUGCCUGGGCCAUGUCUCGGAAAGCAACUCUGGAAUUGACUCACAAUUGGGGCACUGAGAACGAUCCAAGUAUGAAAUAUCACAAUGGGAACACUGAACCCCGAGGAUUUGGUCACAUUGGAAUCCUUGUCCCAUGUUUGGAGAAAGCUUGUGCCAGGUUCGAGGAGCUGGGUGUGACUUUCGUGAAGAGGCCUACAGAUGGUCAGUUGCUGCCGAUGUAGUUGAUGGCCAUUUCCUCUAAUGAUUGCAGGAAGA